AUGAACCCUAGGGUGUUUGAGGCUAGAGCUUCCGCUAGGACUCUGGAAAAGCUAAAAGAGAAAGACAAGCUAACCAAGAACACCACAUCAGGCCAAGAACAGAACAUCAGGCCAGGGCUCGGUAUAAACCCAUAUAGCCUUGGUAUAAACCCAUAUAGGCUCGGUAUAAACCCAUAUAGGCUCGGUAUAAACCCAUAUAGCCUUGGUAUAAACCCAUAUAGCCUUGGUAUAAACCCAUAUAGCCUUGGUAUAAACCCAUAUAGCCUUGGUAUAAACCCAUAUAGCCUUGGUAUAAACCCAUAUAGCCUUGGUAUAAACCCAUAUAGCCUUGGUAUAAAUCCAUAUAGCCUUGGUAUAAACCCAUAUAGCCUUGGUAUAAACCCAUAUAGCCUUGGUAUAAACCCAUGUAGCCUUGGUAUAAACCCAUAUAGCCUUGGUAUAAACCCAUAUAGCCUUGGUAUAAACCCAUAUAGCCUUGGUAUAAACCCAUAUAGCCUUGGUAUAAACCCAUAUAGCCUUGGUAUAAACCCAUAUAGCCUUGGUGUAAACCCAUAUAGCCUUGGUAUAAACCCAUUUAGCCUUGGUAUAAACCCAUAUAGCCUUGGUAUAAACCCAUAUAGCCUUGGUAUAAACCCAUAUAGCCUUGGUAUAAACCCAUAUAGCCUUGGUAUAAACCCAUAUAGCCUUGGUAUAAACCCAUAUAGCCUUGGUAUAAACCCAUAUAGCCUUGGUAUAAACCCAUAUAGCCUUGGUGUAAACCGAUGCAGACUUGAUACCAAUUCGUAG